AGAAGUUUCUCAGUAUCGUUAGAGUUUUGCUCUGACCAUAUCAAGGGUUUCAUUCAUUUCUUCCUUGGAGCUUGACUCAAACAAGAAACCAAGAAUGUAGUCCUAUAUUAACCAAAGUUCGCCCUUAGUGUCGCGAUGGAGAUGGAUCCAAGAGUAAAAGCAAAGAAUCUUAUUGUUCAGUGUAGAGGUUACAUUCGGCUAAAGAAACAUGCUGCUGCUAUCAAGAAGGGAAAGGAAUGCAUUGAAAUUGCAAAUCAACUGGGUCAACCCGAUCAAGACCUAAUUAAGAUGGAAGCUGCUCGAGAAGUGUGGCGUGCACACGAAAUACUCCAGCAAGACGACGAUGCUGCCAUUUAUCAAGCUAUGUACGAUGACUUUGCCCAAUACUACGCAAACAGGUUGCCUAAAGACGAUCAAGACAAAAAGAUGGAUCCAAGAGUAAAAGCAAAGCAUCUUAUUGUUCAGUGUUGAGGUUACAACCGGCUAAAGAAGCAUACUGCUGCUAUUAAGAAUGGAAAGGAAUAUUAUUUUAUUAUCAUUAUUUUCUUUCUUCUAUUCUUCUGUUUAUUCGUCUAUUUCUUAGGUCUAUCAUUUGUUUUGUAUUUCUAUCUCUUAUUUAAAUAUUCUAGUCCCUCUAACAAUUUCUCUUACUAUAUUUCUAAUUAUUUCUAAUCAUUCCUCCCUCACCCUUCCCCCUCAUAUUACAUCUCAUCACUCACACAGACAAAUUAUCCUACACAGACAAUCUAUCAACUACACAGAAAAUUGUGCAAAUAAACUAUAAUAUGAAAUCAGAAAAACUGGCAAUGAAAAGCGGAAUUCCCCAAUACCCUCGGUCCAUUGUUAUUUCUCAUCUAUAUAAAUGACUUGCCAACUCAUCAAAUAUUUUAAAAUUCAGAAUCUUUGCGGACGAUACAAACAUUUUUUAUUCAUCUAAAAAUCUAGAUGAACUUCAAAAUAUAAUAAUUAAUGAACUGCCUAAAGUAUAUAGUCUAGGUAUUGCAUUGCAAACAAAUUAUCAAUUAAUUUUACUAAAACCAAUUAUAUGAUAAUAACAACAGCACAACAAAAAAGUGCGCAAAUUAUUAUUCCUAAUAUUACACAGAAAGAUUGCAUCAAAUACCUAGGUGUGUAUAUCGAUAGACACCUAAAUUGGAAAAGUCAUAUAUCAUGUAUAAGUAAGCGUAGUGAUCGAUCUAAUAAAUUAUUCUUGAAAAUGACGCGCGAUGGCGUCGAAACGUCGAAA